AUGAAGGGACCAAAAGUUGUGCAUAUUGACGAUGAGUCUGUUCUCAAGGAAGUGACAGAACACAUAAAGAACCCUGGAGGACUUGUUGCUAUUCCUACAGAGACAGUGUAUGGCUUGGCUGCAAAUGCUCGCUGCGAGGUUUCUGUUGGAAAUAUUUUCAAAGUAAAAAACCGACCUCUUACCGACCCUGUCAUUAUUCAUUUACCAUCCUUUUCAAUUGCUUUGGAGCAAAUUUACAAUGUAGACUUGUAUGAAGCAUUAAUAAUUCUUCACCUCGCCAAAAAGUUUUCUCCUGGCCCACUCACGAUUGUUGCCAGGGGUCGCAAGGACGUUCCGCUAAUUUUGUCUGCAGGAACAGGGUAUCCGGCCGUUAGGUAA